GAUCACUACUCUACUCUCACCACCUCUCGAACCCGUCAACAAUGGCGGACAAGGUGUACACGAUAGUGAUGCAGGUUGAUCUUAACUGCCCACUCUGCUACAAGAAGAUUAAGAAAACCCUCAGCAGAUACCGUGAGAGAUAUCAAAUACAAAAAGAGGUAUUCGAUGAGAAACAGAACACCGUCACCAUCAGUGGCCUCUUCUGCCCCAAUAAACUCUCUAAAAAGCUCUGCUACACAGCUAGUGAAUCCAUUAAGGGCAUCAAAAUCCUCGAGAAAAACCCUUCAGAGCCGAGUAAACUCAAACCCUCCAAUCCCGAUCCACCACCGCCUACGGCCGCCGCCGACCCUCCCAAGAAGGUUACUUUUGUGGUUCCUCUGCUUGAAUCUGAUCCACCCAAACUUAAGCCAGUCCCGGCCCCCAAAGAACCCGAUCCAAAACCGAUCAAAACACCUGAAUCGACUCCAGCAGUUCCUGAACUGGCCUAUCCACCGGUCCAACCGAUAGGUGUGCGUUAUGAGGGGUAUGGAUGGGGACCGUAUCAUCAAGGUUAUGGAUGGCCACCGCCAUACUAUGAUGGAUAUGAUAGACCGCAACGAGGGUAUGAUGGGUAUGGGAGGCAGCGUUACAUAAGCCCCUGCUGGCAAUACUUUAGCGAAGAGGACCCAAAUUCAUGUACCAUCAUGUGA